CUGAGUGCGAUCCUGCCCCGCCAUCGCCAUCCACGCGGGCACGCAUUCCCAUGCCCGAGUCCAAUUCGAACUGGACGCAGCAGGUAGUACUUGCACAGUAGGGGAGCGGCACGGAACCUGGGAAGACCAUCCGAUACCAUUCCUGAAACUGGCGUUCUCUCGAUCUUCGUCGUGUCCCAGUGCUGCACCGCGAGAAUGGUUUUCGACAACACCCCGAAAGUGCCGUCCAAUGCCGUAAACGCCACCAGGAACGAGCUGCAAGCCGGAGGGCCGACGGAGAUGCCGGUACUGACGGUGUCCGCGCCGGCGGCGAAGCAGAACCUGACGGGGAAGCAAGAGCACUAUCUAAAACGCGAGCUCAUCUCGGAGCAAGUAAAAUGGGAGAUUUCAGAGCUCAACUCGCCCACGGCGCUCCGGCGGUUUGGCGCUCCGUUUAAGUCGCCCCUUGGCGAGGUGUCGCCGCUAGAUUCCGAGCUGCCCAUCCUCAGAUACAUCUUCGUCCACCAUGUCCGCGAGUUCCCCUUCCUCGACAAGGCCAAAGAGAAGGAGUUUUGGCAGGACAAGCUGCAAGUGUUCCUCGAAUCGUUUGCGAGCAAGAACAUUUCGUCCUCGGAGGACCGGUUGGAGGAAACCAAGAGGAGGAAGCUGGCCGUCAAGGCCAAGAAGCUCGUCGAGCUGAUGAUGGUGUCGGGCAUCCCAACCUCGUCGGGCUUCGAGGAAAGGAUUCGUUUCUCCGAACUCGAGAUCGUCGACGCCAAUGCGAUCGAUACCGGCGUUCUCUCCACACUUCCCGAGGGGAACUACUUGAACGGGUGGGAUGUCAAUGUCGCGGGCGUCCGGAUCAUCUCGGUCAAAAGGAAAAUCAGACACCACCCGCAUGCUGAGUUCAUGCUUCGUGUGAAGAGGAAAAACGGACCAGUUCACUUCGUCGGGCGGCGCUAUGGCGACUUCGCGCGCUUAUAUAAGAGGUUGCGCACUGAGCUGCCGGGCAAGGUCCUCCCGCCACUUCCGCACAAGAACAAGUCAAACUCGACGGUGCCCAGCUUCAUAGGAGCUUAUGGUGAUGAACAUUCCGAGACGUCGUCCAUUUCGUCCGCCUCUACCCAGCUGCCACGCAGCCCUGUGGCCAAUGGUUCCGGACACCUGAACGACGGCGCUCAGCGGCUGUUGUCCGUGAAAGACCGUCGCUCACCCGAUCGGCUCUCCCCGCGAAACUCUGUCGACGGCGGGCCAUCCGCCCACACAACCCUAAGCCCUAAACCCCAAGAGUCUGUCCUCCUCCGGCGAGAGAACCAGAGGAUAUCCUUGCGUGCUUUCCUACGCUCCCUGUUGCACAACCCUCAAAUAGCGAGUACCAAGGCGAUUGAUGAGUUUCUGACGGCAAACCCUAUAACCCUGAGUGACGAGGACAUCGAAGAUAUCACCCGCCGAAAGCACCUAGAUGAGAAACGGGUAGAGGAGCAGAAGCGCUUCUACGAGGUUGCGCGAAAACGUGCGGCAGAGCUGGACGUCUACAUGGAACAGUUCCGGCAAGACAUCGUCGAACGCAAUGGCCUGACCAUGCUGUUCAAGGAGAUCCGAGAGAAGGAGACCAUCCAGGAUCUCAGCCUGCAGUACCAGAAGUUCGCCGAAUGGUUGCGCAUCGAAGUUGCGGCUACCAUCUACCACCUCUUCCUUGCCGAAGACAACUCGCCGGAGCUGUUCGCCCAAGCAAAGAGGAUCCACUCCCUGAUUCCGUACACGCUCAUGAAGAACGUGAUCCGGGUGGCCAAUCCAGCAGCUGUUAUGUCUAGCAUCCUGGACAUCUUCCUGGCUCAGCCGUUCGGCACCAGGUCGUUGAUGCAGCGCAUCUUCUCGAUGACGCUGAACGACGGUAUCAAGGCCUUUCAGCGGUCGAUCGACGCGCUCGCCGAUAAGAUCGGGGAUCCCGUGUUCGUGGAGAAAUUGAAGGCGUUCACGGACGCGGAGGAACCGAUCAAGCAGGCCAUCAGAGAGGAAGCCGCCAGCGACGACAUCGACAUUCUCGUGGUCAUCCUGCGGUCCGAGCUGGUCGGCCCUCCGCUGCAACCGCAGCAGAUCGAGCGCCUGUACAACGCCUAUGUGGCCUUCAACAACGCGGUCGAGAACGUUGACGAGGAGCUCCGGCAGGGCGCCCAGCUCUUCUCGUACCUCAAGCAGCUGAUGAAGCUGUACAUCCGGCAGCGGGAUAAGGCCAUGAUGCUGAGCCUCAUCGAGGAGCCCGUCACGCUCCAGCUUUUUCGGGACCUGUUCACCAUCUUCUACGAACCCCUGGUCAGAGUUUACAAGUCGGCCAACGUGUACAACAGCAUCACGGACUUUGCCCAUUUCGUUGAUGACCUGAUCCAGGUUGUCGAGAGGUGUCGCGAACAGGACCUGUCUGCCGAUCCUAACCAGACAGUGCAGGCCUUCAUCGACCUCUGCCAGCGCCACGAGCACAACUUCUACAAGUUCGUCCACGAGGUGCACACGCACGACGACGGCCUGUUCACGCAGCUGAUGGGCUGGAUCGAGAACAUCCUCGAGUUCCUCCGGCACGGGCCGGCCAACGGCAGCCUCGACAUCAACGCGCUGUUCGAGGGCGCCACCAGCAGCGGCAUCAUCGACCGGGAGAAGGCCAUCGUCGAGAUCGACAGGCUCAUCGCGUGGCAGGAGGCGCGCAAGAAGUGGCACCACGACAAGACGAGGCAGAAGAUGGCCGCCGAGGGCGUGCCGGCAGAUGGCGGCGGCGGCGGCGAGGCGCUGCCCGGGGCGCUCGCGUUCCGGUCUAGCGACUUUGGGCUCGACCAGGAGGACCUGGCGGAGAUGGGGUUCGACGACGACUCGGAAGAAGAGGCCGAGGCCGAGGCGGACGACGAGCUGGACCCGAUCGACGCGGAGCGGAAGCGCAGGGCCAGGCGGCAGGAUCGGCUGCGGCGCAACGCGGGCGAGCCCGCGAAGCCGGAGGUGUCGGAGGUGCACAAGCUGAAGGAGAACUUCCUGGUCAUGCUGCGGAUGGUGCUCGCCGAGUAAGACGCCGCACGGCGCAUAUGCGUGGGCGAGCCGAGUUGGAUGCCUACUAGAGGCGCAUUGGACAGCGUGGAACUGCGGCCGUCUCGUUGGAUUCCGGACGAAGUCUUGGGAAUGGAAUGACAGGGCAGAGCAUCCUGUGGCCGGAAGAGUAAUACCGUAAUGAUUAUGGCCCUAUAGAGCAUAACUUACUUUACACCGUACAUUAGAUGCUUCUAGACAAACAAGAGUAUCCUUUUUGACGGAGAGAAGCUUCCGUUUUGGGGGGCUCAGCGUUGAGUUACUGUAGCGACAUCUACAUAUCUGUGUUUACCUCCUCAAUGCACGGAUUACUGCGCAGCUGUCGCAUCUAG